CGUCAGUAUGUAAUCUAUCUUCGGAGGUUAACGUCCGAGUAUCCAUGGACAACAAAUUCUCGACAGAAAAAGUGUGAAUACUUUAUUUUAAAGUACGCGGAAGACGUUUGCGGAAUAUUCAACGGAUGUGCUUACGCUGUACGUUUCCUCCUCCUGUUCUCAAAGUUAAUUUUUGUGACUUAAUUAGACUGAAACCUAAUUCGUGGGAGCUAGUUCCGCCUUGUCCUCCCUGUGGGUCAUGGACAGCAGCGAGGAGUGUCAGGAGUAACCAGGACGCCGGUGGGAAACUCGUCUCCGGGUCUUGAGGGUCCAUCUCUACACAGUUAAAGUACGUACUAGAAAAGGUACUAACGGCUGAGUUUUGGACACUGUAAUGGAAAAACCUGAUGAUAAGGUCGACUUGCAACAGAGCACACCAGGGUCUGAAGAAGGAAACUCUGGAGGAGGAGCACCCCCAGCAAAGCGGAAAGGCAAAUUUUCCAUGGGAAAGUUCUUCAGGCCCUUUAGAUUUAAGAAGAAGAAGGCAAAUGAUAAGUUCACUGAAACAUCUAAAGAAUUGGAAAGAAAGAUUUCUGUUAGAAAAUCUCGCAAUGAGCUGAUUGCUAGAGGAGUUUUAAAAGAGAUCCCUGAAAAUGGUAGCAGCAAUGAAAUCCACCUCAAAGACCCACCAGUCAAAAAUGGGCACCCUGUACAAACAGAUGCUGAUAGGGUGUCAGAAAAAGGAAACCAAAAGACUGACAUCAAGGCAAAUCCUAUUAGGUAUUCUCAAGGAGAAGACCGUCGCUUCAGAACACCAUCGGACUCUUCGCUGAACCGGGCGCCUCUGGAUGUGGACAGAUAUGCAAAGUUACCCAUCGAUGUAGACAGACGAAGCCGUCCCGUGGACUAUGAUGAAAGAGGGUCUAACCCUCCACAAGAUGAUAGACCCAUUAAAGACAAGAAGAGGGAUGGCCAAGAUGGCCAAGCCAUUCGGGAGAGGAGGGAUCGGGACGACAGGGACAGGAGGGAUCGUGAUCUGGACGAGAGGGAGAGGCGGGAUCGUAAUCCUGACGAGAGGGAGAGGAGGGAUCGAGACGAGAAGGACCCGAGAGAUCAUGAUAGGGAAGAGAGGGACAAGAGAGAUCGUGAUCGAGACGAGAGGGGGAGGAGGGACCGCGAUCGGGAUGAGAGGAGGGAUCAGGAUGAGAGAGAGAGGAGGAUUUUUGAUCGGGAGGAGACGGAGGGCAGAGAUCGGGAUGAAAGGGAGAGGAAGGAUCGGGACGAGAGGGAGAGGAAGGAUCGGGACGAGAGGGAGAGGAAGGAUCGGGACGAGAGGGAGAGGAAGGAUCGGGACGAGAGGGAGAAGAGAGAUCGGGACAAGAAGGAGAGGAGAGAUCGGGACGAGAGGGAGAAGAGAGAUCGGGACGAGAGGGAGAAGAGAGAUCGGGACGAGAGGGAGAAGAGAGAUCGGGACAAGAGGGAGAAGAGAGAUCGGGACGAGAGGGAGAAGAGAGAUCGGAAUAGGGAGGACAAGGAAAAGAGAAAUCGUGAUGAAAAAGAAUGGAGGGAUCGGGAGCAGUAUGAAAAGGAAAAGAGAGAGCUUGAUGACAGAGAAAGAAAAGACAACAAAGAGCGAUGGCUUGAGCGUGAAAGGAAGGAGAAUAGAGACGAUAGAAAAGAUGAUAAAAUAAGAGAAGAUACUGCCAGGAAAUAUCCUCAGGCGGAGAGAGGUGAUAUCAGGGACAAACGGGAAGACUGGAUUAAGGAGCAGGGAGAUGAACGUGAGAAAACGGACAGAAUCUUGCCUGAUGUUCCACGUUUAGUCCCUGACAUGGACUUGCGACCUCCAAUGCAGCGAAGCUCCUCAGAUGAUGACAAGAAAGCUAUGUUGAACGUUGAACGAAGUUCCACGCUACCCAGAUAUAAACCAGGAGUCGAAUUCCGUGACCGCUCAGAGUCUGUCGGUGUCCGAUUGAUCCCUGACCAUUCCCCGGAGCAAGAUUCCCAAAAACAACUACCCCUACCCAAGCGAGCUUUGGUUCCCCCUAAAUUCCCCACUGGUCAUCUUUCCAACUCCACCAGUUCGCCCCUGUCCUUCUCUUCCUCUUCCUUGUCUUCUACCUCUUCCAGCUCUUCUGUUGAAGCUCCAAUUGCCAAGCCCCCAAGGACUGUCUCUCUCUUUCUAGUAAAUGACCAACUUCAGCCGACUCUUGCUGGUGCUCUCUCAGCAGACUCUGACACACCUCCCCCUGUUCCACCCCACACAAAGCAGCCCCCUGUCCCUCCCCAUGUCCAGGAGCCCCCUGUCCCUCCUCAUGUCCAGCAGCCCCCUGUCCCUCCUCAUGUCCAGCAGCCCCCUGCCCCUCCUCAUGUCCAGCAGCCCCCUGUCUCUCCUCAUGCUCAGCCACCCCCUGUUUCACACCCCAAGCAACCUCCUGUUCCUCCACCUAAACCCACCAACCGCAACAGCAAUCCUCCAGCGCUUGCUUCCUCCCUGAACAGGGCGCCUCAGGUCAGGCAGCCGUGCCCCUGGAGGGGCUCAGGACUCGAGCAGAGCCGGCCCGGCCUCUACCUCUCUCUGCCCGUGUACCUACGCCCCAGGGCUGACCGGACCUGCUCAGCUGAGUUCUCUCAGGCCAGCAGCGGCUUGAACACAGUCAUUGCUCCCGCUAAGCGCUCCCCACCAACCCCACCCGAAAGGAGGACCCCCGUCAGCAAGCACUACUCUGUAGAUCCAUCCCUCACCACUCAGGUUCCAGAACCGCCCUCUGUUAACCCCGCAGUGUCCCCUGCCAUUCCUAAAGGUGGAAGAAGUGAGGACAGAACGCCCAUGACUGUCCCCCAGAGGACGCCGGAGGCCGCGCUCCCGCUGCCCUCGCACAUUCCCCCUUCUCCUCCCAGGGUGAAGGUACUCCCUCUACCUCCCACCUCGUCUGCCGGCGCUGUUCCUGUCAUCCAGACGGACCAGCCAUCCCCCACCACGGAGCUACCCGGCCAGCCUCCGGCCGUUCCGCUGCACAUCCGCAUCAAGAGAGCUCUGAACAGCCCUGGCGCAACCCAGCCCAAACCUGAGGGAACCCAGAGGGCCUACUCCCUGCUCUUUGAGCUUCCCCCAGAGGUCCCUGACGACCCUGAAGAGGCGCUGCUGAACUCGCGUCACUCCUUGCCUGUCUUCAUCGAACCUCUCAGGCUGCCAUACGAUGAUGACUUUGACAUGGAGGAAGAGCUGCAGAAGGCGAAAGCUCAGCGGAUCCCCCAGCAGCCGGAGCUGGAACCCCGGAGCAGGAGGGGCCUGAUUGGAGACCCCAGGGUCACAGUUAUACCCGAACAGGGCGGCCACGAGGACGAGGAUGACUCGGACUCUGAUGGGCCCAUCCUCUACAAAGAGGACGAGGAGGAGGAGGAGGAUGACGAAGAAGGCCCUACAAGUGGGCUGGCAAACCGCGUGAAGAGAAAAGACACGCUGGCUCUGAAGCUAGAGAGACAAGAGAAGCAUGAGCGAGAACAGAGGGAAGACCAGGAGAACCAGGAGGGGAUGAGCUGGAGCAACAGGGAGCAGUGGGUGGCUGUGAGGAACAAGAUCGGCACCGCUCUCACACGGCGGCUGAGUCAGAGACCCACAGCGGAAGAGCUGGAGCAGAGAAACAUUCUUCAAGCCAAGAACGAAAUGGAUCGACGGUUGGAGCGAUCCGAGAUCAAACGGAGGCUCACCAGAAAGCUGUCUCAGAGGCCCACGGUGGCUGAGCUGCAGGCCAGGAAGAUCCUGCGUUUCCACGAGUAUGUGGAGUCCACCCAUGCUGAGGACUACGACCGGAGAGCCGACAAGCCCUGGACCAAACUCACUCCUGCUGACAAGGCCGCCAUCCGCAAGGAGCUCAACGAGUUCAAGAGCACAGAGAUGGAGGUCCAUGAAGAAAGCAAGAUCUACACCCGAUUCCACCGGCCCUAACUGCUCACAUCAUCAUGUAAAGCACUUAGGAAGAAGCAGCAGCAGCUUGUCCCAUUUCCUCCUGUUAACCUGAAGAUGGCGCCAACGCUACCUGAAGAGUCUCAGGAUGUUGUUGGACUGUGGUGGAGUCAGCAGGAGACGGUGGGCCUGGUGGGCCCGGUGGGUCCGGUGGGCGUUGCAACGGCUCAGUGACUGAACCAGAGGGGGUCCUUCACCAUGAGCCGGUUCUGCCUUAACGCUCCUGAACACUGGUACCAGGCUGAGGCCAAACAUGAGACUGGUUCAGAACCAGUCUCUGAUUGACUGUUUUUGUUAAUCACAAUCCCAUAUCACUAGAUGAUUUUUGAUAAGAGCACCUUAUGCUUCCUAACGGGGUUGAAUAAAAACUUAACAGCCUUUAAUUCUGUGUUUAUAUUUGAGAUUUUUGAAAGCAGGAAAAUGUACAUAUUUUUCUCUUCCUGCCUGUUUUAUGGUACUUUAUAUAUGCUGCUCCAUAGCGGAAUGCAGCUGUAUGGAACAAUAAUGUAGAUUUAAUAAACUUUAUAUUGUAAACUACUGACUGGAAAUGCUGACAUGUUUUCACUGUAUAGUGUUCCUCUGACGUCAUUUCUGAGCAUUAAAGGUACGGAUCCUUUUUCUUUUUUUGAUACAGAGCCUGUAAGCUGUGUCAUCUGCAAACACUGAAUAUCUGAUCGAUCUGAUUAGAAAAUAAAAAACAAUGAUUUAUGAA